GAGAGGACGCCUAGAGCAAACCUCCAGGAGAGGUCCAGACCAUCCUGAACAUGGAAAAAUCCUGCAAAGAAAACGAAGAACAGCCACAGAGCGCACCCAAGACGGAUGAGGAGCAGCCUCCUGUGGAGCACUCUCCCGAAACGCAGUCUCCGGAGGAACCAUCUUCCAAGGAGCAGUCCUCGGAGGAGUUCUUUCCCAAGGAGCUCCUUAUUGAGCUCCUUCCUGAGAUACUGGUGUUCGAGGAGCGCCCUCCUCAGAAGCGCCUUUCUAGAAGGGACCUUUUGGAAGAGCGCCCUCCCAUGGAGCAGCCUCCUUGUGGAGUGGGAAAACAUAAGCUAGAAGAAGGAAGCUUUAAAGAGAGGCUGGCUCGCUCUCGCCCGCAAUUUAGAGGGGACAUACAUGGCAGAAAUUUAAGCACUGAGGAAAUGAUAAAGGUAGCAGAGGACAUGGAAGAAAUGAAAAGACUACGCAACAAAUUGAUGGUUAUGCAUUGGAAGGCGAGAGGGAACCCUCCUUAUCCUAUUUAAUGUGUUCGGCCUUUAAUGCUGUUUUGCCUGAUAUAAGUAUUGCCACCUGAAGGUUGUAUUUUCUCAUAUACCUUUCCCCAUCUCAAUUAUAACUUUUCGCGUGGAUUUAUUCUAGGUGUUUCACUUGUAACUGGCAUAAAAUUGGGUUUUCCCCGCCCACAAGCUGUAAGUUUCCCUUUUUCAAUCAUGAGUCUCACCCAUUUGCAUGAAAAGAUGUACAUUAUAUAUUGCAAAGUGAAAAAAAAUUUUGAAAAGUAAAAAUAAAUAAAUAAAUAAAUAAAAAUAAAGAUAGAAAUCAAAGAACAAACU